AUGGAAGGGAAAAGGCGAAAGGAAACCAUCUCCCGUUCCAGAAGAGCUCAGCUCCAAUUUCCUAUGGAUCGCAUAGAACGCUUCUUCCGAGAAGGAAACGUCUCUCAGCGUCUGAGCGCUUCUGCACCUGUCUUUUUUGCCAGUGUGCUCGAGUUCGUGACAGCCAACGUUCUGGAUCUGGCUGGCAAGGAGGCACACGCCAACGGAACGAGGCUCAUAACCCCAGAGCAAUUGUACCGUGUUGUACAGAACAAUGAAUAUCUCCGUGAAUUCUUCAAAGAGAACGGCAACUCUGUGGUCCCUGAGACACCACGACCUGAGGAGCAGUGA